AUGGCAACAUCUGGCUCUGGGUCUUCUUCACAAUCUAGUAGAGGUAGGACUGAUAUAACAUGGGCAUAUGUUAUUGAGGGUGUAGAUCCAAAUGGAAGAAAUACAUUAACAUGUCUUCACUGUGGGAAAGUAACUAGAGGAGGAGACAUUGGGAUAAAGAAUAAAGAGAAGUCUGAUUCUAGUAAGUAUAAUACUCCCUAUGGUGCUCCCGUACAUGUAUUUGAGGGAGAUAUGUUAAAUGAAGAUAGUGAAGAGUUUCGUCCAUCAGGAAUUCACAUAAAUGAAGGUAGGUUUGGCAGUAAAAAACAAAGUAAAAUGCUAGACAAAUCAAAGAGAAACAAAUCUAUUGGGUUUGGUGACUAUUUUGCUCCAAGGACAAUUGGUGGAUCUCAACCAUCAAUUAGGAGUUGUUUAGCUGGAAAAGAUGUGACGUGGAGAGCAGACAUGGCUUUUGGAAGAUUCUUUUAUGAUGCUUGCAUCCCAAUUAAUGCUGUAAAUUCGAUUUAUCUUCAACCAUUGGUGGAUGUUAUAGCCGCAAUUGGGCCUGGGUAUAAACACCCAAAUUAUUAUGCUUUGUGUGUCAAUUUGAUAAGAGAUGCUAAGAAGGAAGAGCAGCUUCUUGUUGAUAGUUAUAGAAAGAUUUGGGAAAAUGUUAGAUGUACCUUAAUGGCUGAUGGUUUGACUGAUAAUUCACAUAGGUCAUUGAUCAAUUUUAUGGUGUAUUGUCCUAAGGGAGUUUGUUUUGUGAAAUCAGUUGAUGCUUCAGAUGUUGUGAAGGAUGCUGGGACAUUGUUGAAGAUGUUUGAGGAGGUAGUUUUAUGGAUUGGACCAAAUAGUAUUGUCCAUUUUGUCUCAGACAAUGGAUCCAAUUAUAAAGCUGUUGGAAGAAUGUUGUCUGAGAAAUAUCCGAGUAUUACUUGGUCACCCUGUGCAGCACAUAGCAUAAAUUUGGUGUUAAAAGACANCUGUCUUUAA